AUGCAAUUCCUCUAUUUUAUUCUCCCAGCAGUUUUUGCAUCGAUUUCUAUUGACCUUGACACUCACUUUAAAUCAAACGAAGAACAUUGGGAGCAUUUCCAAAAAGUCAGGGCAAAGAAUUUAUUAGAAGCUGGCACCUCAUCAAUGUUGAAAAAUGGAGACGAUGUAUUUUCUACUUACUCCACACUCCGUGAGCGAACAAAACUAUUGGAAAAAUUUCUAUUUUUUUUAAAAACCACCCUGUGAGCGAACAAAAAUUUUGUACAGAAAAAAAAAUUUUGAUAUAUAAAUGAUAUUAGUAUGAUGAAAACUCUAGCUAAUUCUCUUUAAUUUUAAACAAAUUUCAUUUUAAAACAUAAAUUUCACGAAUUAAAUUAAUUUUUACUUCUCAAUUUUUAAGAUUGGGAAUAUUUUAAAUUUUGAAAAAAAAAUUUUAUUAGAAAAUUUAAAGAUAAAUUUUUAAAAAAAAAUUAACCCUCCGCGAGCGAACAAAAUUUUUUUAUUCGCUCACGGAGGGGGAGUUAGACAAUUUAUUAUGGAGUUAUUUCUAUUGGCACUCCAGCCAAAAAAUUCACCUGUCAAUACGACACUGGAAGCACCACAUUGUGGGUAGUUAAAAAAGGCUGCGAAGAUUGCCACAAAUGUGAUCAAACUUAUGACCCUACAAAGUCCUCAACUUUCAAAGAUUUAGAUGCGACCAUGGCCCAAUUAUUUUUUUUUUAAAAUAAUUAAGCAAGAAAUAUAUUUUUUAAAAAAAUUAUUCCAAAACCAUGGAUAUUGAAUAUGGGAUUGGCUCAACUUCAGGAGAAAUGGUUUCGGAUGUCGUUGGAAUUGGUGACUCCACAGUUCUAAAUGCUACUCAAUACGCCUUUUUAAUGGCUACCAAGGAAACAAACGAUACAGGGUUCGCUCCAGAUGGCCUCAUUGGUUUUGCAUUUGACGAUUUGGGACAGGGAUAUCCUUCACUGAUGACGGUAUUACAAACCCAAAAGAAAAUCACAUCAAGGACUUUCGCAUUUUUCUUAAACUAUGAAGGAAGCUCACCACAGUCAAACCUUAUGGUUGAAGGGUAUGAUCUAGCAAAAUACUCUAAUCAGACUGCUUUUAGGUAAUGCCAAUAUUUUCUACACAAAAACCUAUAUUUUAAAAUAAUUUUUACCUAUAAAUAAUUUUUUUAAAAAAUUCUCUUAAAUGAAGCAACUUCUUUUAUUUAUGUCGACUUAGUAGCCAAAAAUCCUCCUGAUUUUUGGGAAAUUUCUUUCACCCAAACUCUUUUUGGAACAACCAUUCUUGAUAUUGCUAUUACUGGGAUUAUUGAUACAGGAACAAGUUUCAUAUAUGCACCUCUUAAAGAUGUAACUGCGAUUUCUGCAUUUCUUACAAGCUCUAAAACUUUUGGAUGCAAGCAAGAUGGUGAAGGACUUAUCUUUUGCGAUAAAAUCUCUUCAGAACUCCCAAGCAUCUAUUUCCAAGCAGCAGGAAUUACUUUGGAAUUAGCACCACACGACUAUAUGUAUAAAGUCAAGGGAAAAUAUUUAUUAAUUAUCUUUCCACAAGAAGAUGAUUAUUGGCUUUUAGGAGACUCGUUCAUUAGAAGAUACUAUAUCAAUUUUGACAUGGAUAACCAAAGAUUAGGCUUUGCAUUAUCUAAUGCAAAGAUGGAUGAUGAUAGUGGAGUUUAUCUGUCGUUGAUAGGACUUGGAUUAGCAUUUCUCAGCUUUUAA